AUGAAAUCAGGAUUUAAAAGUGGUUGGCCCUCUGUUGUGCGUCUUCGUCUCAAAGACAAAUCAGCCACCCCCUUUUGCAUAUUCUCUAAAGUGAAAUCAGCUGGCAACAAACCUGGGGAUGUACCUGUUUAUCUCAAUGUGUAUGAUUUGACAACAGUAAAUGGCUAUAUGUUUUGGGCAGGGCUUGGUAUUUUCCACUCUGGGGUUGAAGUUUAUGGAGUAGAAUAUGCGUUUGGAGCCCAUGACUAUCCAACAAGUGGUGUCUUUGAGGUUGAACCUCGGCAGUGUCCUGGCUUUAAGUUUAGGAAGUCAAUAUUCAUGGGAACUACUAGCUUAGAUCCUUUCCAGAUUAGAGAGUUCAUGGAGAGCCAGUCUGCAAAUUACAAUGGUGAUGCUUAUCACUUGAUUGUGAAGAAUUGCAAUCAUUUCUGCGAGGAUAUUUGUUAUAAGCUGACAGGGAAUUCUAUACCAAAAUGGGUCAAUCGUCUUGCAAGAAUAGGUUCCUUAUGCAACUGCAUACUCCCUGAUGCCCUUAAAACUUCCACUGUUCAGCAUGAUCCCAACUUUCAAGAGUGUGAUAGUGAAAAAAAGAGACUAAGAACUGCCUUCAGUUGCUUGUCAUCAAUCUCAAUGCCCCAGAGGGAAGUAUCAAUGUCUUCAUUAUUUCUGCACUCUCACUAUAAAGGUUGCCUACCACCUUGGGAGUUAAAGAAAUCUAAAAAGGGCUCACUAAAGCAAAAAUGA